CUCUUGCUCGCGCUCUUGCUCUUGCUCGCUCGUCCCCAAUCCGCUCUGCGAUCGGACCGAUCGAUCCAUCGAUCGUCGACUUCGUCGUCGUCGUGCAAAAUGCUGGCGGUGUUCGACAGAUCGGUGGCGAAGUGCCCGGAGGCGCUCCAGAGCCCGCAGCAGCAGCCGGGGGCCGGGGCCGCCGCCGCCUCGGCGCUCAAGGACGGCGCCCUCGGCCACCACUUCGCCACCGCCCACCCCGCCGCGGUCAACGUCAACCUCGGCUCGUCCGGCCUGCUGGCCUACUCCCUCGAUCGGCAGAACCCUCUCCUCCCCAGAUUGUUUGCGGUUGUCGAUGACAUCUUCUGCUUGUUUCAAGGGCACAUAGAGAAUGUUGCUCUUCUCAAGCAGCAAUAUGGAUUGAACAAGACGGCCAAUGAGGUCAUUAUCGUCAUAGAGGCUUAUAGAACUCUGAGGGAUCGGGGGCCUUAUCCUGCUGAUCAAGUCGUGAGAGACAUCAGCGGGAAGUUUGCUUUUGUGCUCUUUGACAGCUCUUGUAAAACCGCUUUUCUGGCUUCUGAUGUUGAUGGAAAUGUUCCUUUCUUCUGGGGAAGUGAUUCUGAAGGCAAUCUUGUUCUCUCGGAUGAUGCAGAAGUUGUGAAGAAGGGCUGUGGGAAAUCUUUCGCACCAUUCCCUAAAGGAUGCUUCUUUACCAGUUCUGGAGGUUUGAGGAGUUACGAGCACCCAAUGAAUGAGGUGAAGCCGGUUCCUAGGGUGGACAGCUCUGGCCAAGUGUGCGGCGCUACAUUCAAAGUGGAUGCGGAGACUAAGAAGGAGUCCAGCAUGCCUAGAGUUGGGAGUGCUGCGAAUUGGUCCUCGCACUACUGAAUCUUAUGGUUUAUGGCCCUUUUCUGGCCAGGCCAUUAGUUAUUGAAUGGCCUUCUAUUGCUUAUAACUCAUACACUGGCAAUUUUCGGCUCUAAUGGUUGGUCACUCUAUGUUGAGGAUUUGAAAUGGCAUCGUUUUUAUGCAGGCUGUAUAUGUUGCUUAUAAAACCAAGCCUUGACAUUACCUUACAUGCUCUGUGCAAUAAUACCUGGCACUUCAUUUAGCCA